AGUUGCUUGGCUUCUUUCUGCGCAGUCACUUGGUGUGCAGUUUCCGAGAUUGAAGAGCAGAAGUGUUUGGACCUGGCUGGCAACAUCACGUUACGGAACGUCCGUGGGAAACUGCAGUGUGUGCGCGGUCAGAGUGCUACGGAAUGCAUGCAGAGGAUUAAGAACGGCACGGCCGAUGCUGCCUCCAUGUUUCCUGACGAGAUCUACACUGCCGGCAUUUGUUACGGGUUAGACGUCGCGGUAGGAGAAUCACACAAUGGAAUGGAUGGUGUUAAUUACUACGUAGUGGCGUUGGCACGCAAGUCCUCGGGUGACCUGUCCCUGCUGGAAAUGCACGAGCGCAGUUCAUGCCACCCGGGAAUCCGCACCACCGUGGGCUGGACGGUGCCAAUCGGCUUCCUGGUCAACACGUCGCAGAUCAGCGUGGACGAGCAGUGCAACUUCCCUCAUGCGGUGGGAGAUUUCUUCGGCUAUAGCUGUGUCCCAGGGGCCAAAGAUCCAGAGCAUGACCCCAAAGGCAACAAUCCCAGAAACCUUUGCGAGGCCUGCAUAGGUGAUGAGAACGACCGGCACAUCUGCGCCAACAAUCCUCGUGAACGGCACUACGGGGAGGCAGGAGCUCUCAGAUGUGUGGCCGAGAACCUCGGGGACGUGGCCUUUGUGAAACACACCACCGUCUUUGACAACCUCAAUGGUAAGAACCAGGAAUCAUGGGCUCUGGACAUAGAGAUGGAAGACCUGAAGCUACUGUGCCCAGAUGGAGGUGAGUCGCCUCCCUCUGAACACGAGCGAUGCCACCUGGCCGUGGUCCCCGCCAACGCUGUAGUGGUGCGCCUGGAGGACAAAUGCCGCGUUUACAAGUUCCUGGAACGUGUUCAGAAUGCGUUCGCCAAUGCCACACACGGUUUCUCGCUCUUUAGCUCGGUGGGGUACGGACAACCUGACGUCAUGUUCAGCGACUCGACUUUGAAGCUGAUGAGGGUGAUGGGAACUUACCAGUCCUGGCUGGGACACAGUUACACCACCAUGCUUCAGGCGUUCGAGUGUGAAGGCUUGUGCUGAUGGGAUUAAGAGACUCUCUCUCUCCCCCUCCUUCCUCUCUCAGAUAUUCCUAUCCCUACCUACUAGGCC